CGGGACGGCGCUCUGACCCACGUGGGAGCAGCGGACUCAGAUAGGCAUCUCGCAUCAUGGACGAACUACCCACUGAUGUGCGGGCUUUCCUGCGCCAGCACCCGAGCCUAAGUCUUCUGCCCAACACUCACAAGGUGCGCUGCUCCCUAACUGGCCAUGAGCUACCCUGUCGUCUGCCGGACCUUCAGGUCUACACCCGCGGCAAGAAGUACCAGCGGCUGUCCAGAGUCUCCUCGGCCUUUGAUUACACAGCGUUCGAGCCACACAUCGUGCCCAGCACAAAGAAUACGCACCAAUUGUUCUGCAAACUCACCCUGAGGCACAUCAACAAGUCCCCAGAGCAUGUGUUGAGACACACCCAGGGCAGGAAGUAUCAGAGAGCUCUUCAUCAAUAUGAGGAGUGUCAGAAACAAGGUGUAGAGUAUGUCCCUGCCUGCCUACUGCACAAGAAGAGAAAGAGGGAGGACCACAGGGAUGGAGAUGGGCUAUCUGGCCAGAGAACAGCUUUUUGGGAGCCAGCUUCCAGUGAUGAAGGAGAAUCCUUGAGUGAUGACAGCAUGACAGACCUAUAUCCACCUGAGCUGUUCACAAAAAAAGACCUGGGCAAGCCUGAGAAUGACAUUCCUGAAGACUUUCUGACAGACCAAGAGGAAGAGAAGCCAGAGCAGUUGAGAGAGGACACUGGAGAGAGAAGAGAGACCAAAGUGGACCACAAGAGGGGCCGUAAACUCAGGAAGAAGCAGUUCACCUCAUUGACCAAGAAGUUCAAGAGCCAUCAUCAUCACCACAAGCCCAAGAACCUCAGUUCCUUUAAGCAGCUGGGGAAAUGAAGCAUGCAGAGAAACUCGGAACUGGCACUCAUAUCUUGACUUUGGCUGUUAUCCAGAGUGGGCCUGGAGGUUGUGUUCAGAAGAUGGCAACAGCAGGGACUUGAAGAUUCCCUCUCUGUGCAUGGUCCUCAGUGGCCCUUGCUGAUGUAGCUCACUGUAGCAUCCUGAGCUUGGCCAGGGCCCCACCCUGGCUGGUCACCACAUAGGUUCACACUAUAUACCACAAAUGCCAUUAUUUAUUUUGAUGUUUCCAAAGAUCAAAACAUUUUUCAAACACAACUAAGAUAUAAAAUACAGCAUAAAAAUGAGGUUUAUACCUAUUCCCACAUAAAGCUAAAGCAUUUUCAGAAAC